GAGAGAGAGAGAGAGAGAGAGAGAGAGAAAGAGGGUGUGUGAAUACUUGUUUAGUUUCAACCCAAACGUCGCUGACUGCAUUCUUCUCUUUGCGUGUGGCACGAGCAGAGCAUCGGAGAGAGAGGGGCAGAGUGAGAGAGACAUAGGCUACAGAGACAGCGAAAUUAGAGAGUCCCAGAAGAAGCUGAAACUUCACUGCAUACGCUCCAGCACAGACCCCUCCAUGCCUGAGCCGGGAGCUACUCCGCGGCGGAGCCCGCAGGGAGUCCCCUACACCGAGCUCCAGCACAUCGUCAACGCCGAUGGACUGCACCUGUUCUGCCGUUACUGGGAGCCCGCCGGCCCGCCAAGGGCUCUGGUGUUUAUUGCCCACGGGGCCGGGGAGCAUUGUGGGCCGUAUGACGAGAUUGCACAGAGACUGAAGGAACUGUCCCUGUUGGUAUUUGCACACGACCACGUUGGCCAUGGUCAGAGUGAAGGAGACAGGAUGAACAUCAAAGACUUCCAGGUUUACAUCCGAGACUCCCUGCAGCACGUUGACCUGAUGAAGUCGCGCCACCCAGACCUGCCCGUCUUCAUCGUGGGUCACUCCAUGGGUGGUGCUAUCUCCAUCCUGACGGCUUGUGAGAGGCCCAAUGAUUUUGCUGGAGUGGUUCUGAUAGCUCCGAUGGUCCAGAUGAACCCGGACUCUGCCACACCGUUCAAGGUUUUUUUGGCGAAGGUCCUAAACCACAUGGCGCCAAGCCUCACUCUGGGCUCCAUCGAUUCCAAAUGGAUCUCACGGGACAAAAAGCAGGUGGAGGCGUAUGAAGCUGAUGAGCUGAACUUCCACGGUGGCAUGCGGGUGUCAUUCGGCAUGCAGCUGAUGGGGGCGGCGGCGCGCAUCGAGAGGGAGAUCCCAUCCAUCAGCUGGCCCUUCCUGCUCCUGCACGGCGACGACGACAAGCUCUGCGACAUCAGAGGCUCCAAGAUGAUGUAUGACAACGCUCCGAUCUCAGACAAAAAGAUCAAGGUCUACGAGGGAGGCUACCACGCCCUUCACCACGACCUACCAGAGGUGGCCGAGUCCGUGCUGAAGGAGGUGACCAGCUGGAUCAUUGAGCGCAUUCCCGCUACUACAUCACCAUAACCGCAACCCCUCCUAGAAAAGUGACUAUGACAACCCAUUCAACGCUCCAACCUAGUCCCAAGAGGCCCGCUCAUUUUCCAGUAGUCCGUCAGGCGUAACAAUACUACUUCUACUACUACUACUACUACUACUACUACUACUACUACACUCUCUGGUCUGGGAAAUACAUUUUCUCAGUAUAAAAAGUUUACUGACGUUAUCCUCCAGGCACAUACUGUACAAAAAAGAAUAUUUCCACCUCCCGUGUGUAUCUAUCAAUCAGCCCAAGUUACACUGAUUUAAAGUGGAUUAUGGGUUCAGAAACUACUUCUUCUUGGAGAAACUCGGCAGCAGUGAGUGGAUUAGACCCUAUUGAGGUGCAGCUCAAAUUAAGUGCAGUUUAAGCUAUAUUAUCCUGGGGUUUGAAGUGCAAUAAUGAAGUUUCCUCCUCCUCAUUUAUAGGCCCAAGCCAGAUAUAUUAAGAAGUAAGGACAGAUGUAAUAUAAUAUAUGUUAUUAAUCCGCACAGUCACAUUUCACUUUUGCUCAUCCACCCUUAACAGACAGGUCAGAGGUCAGGAUCAGCUGGAGAACAGCACAUUUGGAGCUGCUGUGGUUUCGUGGCUGAGAGAAUACUCAGUAGCUAGGUCCUCGCCCUGCUUCACUUUCUUCACGGUGUCAGCAGAUACGUAACACUCAGUGGACGCAGUACAGGUUUUCUGUGAGACAGUUUUGUUAGUGCUUGCUUAGAAGCAGUCUUCCGAUCUGGUAGCUAAGGAGUCACUGUCAUCUUCUCAGAAAACAUCUGCCAAAUCUUAUAUGUCCCUUCCUAGAUUACACUGUUGUAAAAGUAAUUAAAAAAAAAAAAAAAAACUGUUGACAUUUCUAGAGUCACUCAGAAUCUUAAACUGUAAGCACAUGUGAUUGGGUGCAUGUACAACAAAUCCUCUUUUCUCCUGACUUUUUCUGCAUCCUUCCCUGUUCUUUGGCCCAAUGACAGAUGCUUGGCACCAACACAUUACAUAUGAAGAUUGGUGUUAUCGAUCCAUUUAAAUCUACUCCUAAUUUAUUCAUUUGGCAUGUUGUUUGAAGUAAAUUGUAAGAUGGAUCCUGGCAAAAUAUUUCAAGUCUAAAGUGAGGAUUUACAACCAAAGGAUUAUUUCCCCUGCCACCUCCAUUGAUUGAUCAAGUGACCAAUGGACAAAUUCCCAUUCCAUGUAAAGUAGUACACUUCUUUCAUUGAGCCAGUUAAGAGUGUAGGGACAUGAAGAGGAUGCAGAUCAACUCUCUCUCUGCAGGUGGGAAAUAGAGGAAAAGAGCAAAGUUCAAAAGACCCCCCAUGUGACCUUUGACCGUUUAAGGUCACAGUUGAUUUUGCGUCAUUCUCUGCAGCUAUAAAAUCAUUAAGCUCAGACUUCAGAUGAGGGCCCAGCUAGAAAAUGAUAGGGAUCCAUCUCUCUGUUACUAUUAACAAAAGGGUAGAUUUCCUCUUUCCACUCAGCAUCUGUCAUUUGGUGGAUACUUUUAUCCAAAUCACCUUUAAAUGAUAUGAAUGUAUGUAUUUCUUGCCUGGGUGGCCACAGUGGGAAUCCAAUCCUCUCAGGACAGUGCUGUAGUCAUCUUUUUGUUGAAAAGCAGUACGUUCUCUAGAAUAGAUUCCAGACAAUGUGAUAACAAAAGUGAUAUCACUGAAAUUAAACUUCUGGCUUCAAAAACACAACUGAAUAUUGUACCCAAAUCCC